AUGAAAAGGAAUAGGAAAAAUGAGGAGAAGGAGGAGGAGGAUAUUGAGGGAUCAGAAUCGGAUUUCGACGAAGAUGUGGAUCACGUCACUGAAGAUGAGGAAUCCGAUUCCGAGGAAUCCGACGACGGGUUUGUAGAGGAAGCUUUUGAAAGCGAGUCGUCGGACUAUGAAUCGGGUGAUGAGGAGGCGGACGAGCAAGAUUCUGAGUUAUCUGACGCAGAAUUCGACGAGGACACAAAGCUCCCGAUUCUGACACUAAAGUUGUCAGAAACGCUGCUAAAAAACGCAAGCGCGCACACAAAUGGCGCAAUUAAGAGGUUGGUUGCCGUGUUCUCGUCCGUAGUGUCGUCAGUGGCCUCGAGUCAGAUUAAGUUGACCUCGAGCUCCGAUGUUAAGAAGCAGCCAAAGGAUUCGAACGUGAAACUAAAGUUUAAGUACCUGAAGAACGAGAAUAAAAGGCUGCUGAGAGGCACUGCGAGUCGGUACUCGGACGCAAAGAAGCCCCCGACGAAGAAGUACGCGGUCAAGGACACGGAUGUGUACAACACGUUCGUGGCGAAGACGGCGGACGUGAUGAGCGACUACAUGAAGGAGAAGAGCGUGCUCGCGAACAAAGAAGAAGUGCUGGCAGCAGCGCCGAUGAUAAGAAGGUUCCUGUCGACCGCGCUGCUGCAGCUGGCCUUCACGUUCGACGACUUCGACCUGACGAGGUCGACGCUGAUAUCGCUGACGGCGACGCACGCAAUGAGGUGGAUAUGCACGUUCAGGCAGCUGAACAGCCAGUUCGCAAAGGUGGUGAGCUCGCUGAUGACGGCGCACCCGCAGAAGCUGACGAGGAUCAACUGCUUCCAGUUCCUCUCGGAGUACCUGAAGUGCGCGACGGACGCGAAGCUGAUGAGCGUGCAGCUGGCGCCGAGAGCAUACCUGAUCAACUACUCUAAAUUAACGGACUCGGAGAGGAAGAGCGCGUCGAACGAAAGCGUUAACCUGCUGCUGAAAAGGUGCUACUCAAGUCACAUAAGGGCAGUGAUGAACGGAGUGACGCUGAAGAACUUUAGUCUUAUCAAGCUCACGCAAAACUGCAUAAGUGAGCUGUACCUGCAGGCGCCGCAAGACAACGUGUACGUGCACGCAUUCAGGUCGAUAAGAGACCUGGCGUUCAACGUGCGCAGAGAGUGGAACAGCAGCAACCAGAAGAGCGCGAAGAAGGGGUCGUCGAGCAAGAAGGCGAAGAGGAAGCUGCCGGACGAAGAGGAUGCGCUCGACCAGGGGAAGCACAAGCCUGCGAUGCAGUUUGAGGUAUGCUCCUGGGGGUUCAUAGAGAGCAUAAACAUAUGGAUAAGCGUGAUCUCGAGGUCGGGAGAAAACAUGAAGGCGCUGGUGUACCCGCUGGUCACGGUGAUCAACGCGCUCGUGAAGAUAAAGAUCAACUCGAAGAGAUAUGUGCCGCUCGUCCUGCACCUCCUCACGGCGCUGAAUCAGCUGUCGGACGGAGUGAACAAGUUUAUUCCAAUAGGCUCCUUUAUAUUCUUCGUGCUGGACACGUUGAAAUCGUUCAAACACAACAAACCUGUCAAAGAUGAACUGGAAAAGUCUGAAGACAUCAUGAUAAAGCUGAAGCUCAGCAAGAAGAAUUUGCACUCGGACCAGGUUCGUAAGCUGCUCUACAAGCAUGUCGAGUUGGUCCUCGUGGACCACCUGGGUCUCGUCUCUCUCAAUCCCAGCUUCCCCGAAUUCACGAACCCAGUCACGCAUAUCCUGAAGAAGCACAUCAAGUCGCUGAGUGUGCCCAGCGAGUUCAAGAGCGCAGUGAACGCUCUCUUCAAGAUCAUGAAGGAGUCCAGCGAAACCGUCACCGACAAGCGCGAGGAGCUCCCGCCGGAGCCGAUGGACAUCCUGAAGGUGUUCGAGGGGACGAAGGUGGCGAUGCACGAGUACCGGCAGCAGCUGCUUUCCAAGUAUCAGCUGAUGAACAGGGAAAAGUUACUCUCGACCUUACAAGAUUUCUCAAUUUAA